AUGCCCUGGCGCAAUGGGAAAGGCACUCCGAUUCGUCUGCAAGGCAAUCGGCAAAUUUUAAAUGGUUCAACCUUCCCGGCGACUGUCGCCGAUAUCGUAACUGAAGCUACGGAAACAUGGUUGUGGGUAAUUGAGGGGAAAAGAAUAGAACUCCCAGCAGCCCAAGAUGCAGAUAAUUUGUCAAGUGCAAGUAUACACUCGGUUAACUGGUUCAAUGGUGUGAAAGUGGACGUUCACAAUAUUAUCGUUAGUCUGAGUUCUCCCAAUCAAGGUCGCUUUUCCAUUGAUUUCACUGACCAAACCAUCGGAGAUUUGAUUAUAGAGCCUGUGUACAGAAGAGAUACAGGUUAUUAUACCUGUCAAAUUGUUGAGAAGGAUGUAACAACAGUAUGGCAACACAUAUUUCAUCUGCAAGUAUAUUAUAUGAAUUCUCCUUCGAUUAUCUUAGAAGUGGGAAAAAACAACAAUGUUUACUUCUUUUGCAAUUGGCUUAUAAUAUAUCCUGAUAUACAACCCAAUGUAACAUGGUUACUUGAUGGCAGGAAAAUUAACAUUACACCAACUAAAUACAUUUUGAAAGAAAAAUACAGAAAGAAAACACUUUGGAUUCUAAACGCAACUUCAUGUGAUCUAGGAAAUUACAGUUGCAGUAUCACUAUUGAUACAAAUAGAGGUCCAAUGACUGAGGUAAGCAAGGAGUCUGCAGAACUAACAAGGGGUAUAGUCUUUGAACCUGAAGUCGAUUGUUUUACGGCACCAGCGAAUUCAAUGGAUCUAGACAAGCCAGUUAUCACAGUAUCUAAUAGCAGUGUGUAUGAAGGCAACUCGUUUACCUUAACCUGCAGUAUCAAUGCCAAUCCACCUACACCGACACAGGUCACUUGGUUAAAAGACAACAUCAUCAUCACACACAAUUGUUCAAGAUAUGAAAUAUAUGAAGAUUUUAAAAUCCUUCGAGUUCCAGUUGCAUCUGUUAAUGAAAGUGGAAAUUACCAAUGCAGAGUAGAAAAUGAGGUACAUGUAGAAGGAAAAACCAGUUUCAAUCUAAAUAUAUCGGUUAUCAAAUUCUGUGUUCCAGAUUUACAAUACAAAAUAUCUACGAUGGUCCUCAUUUUUACUACAUUUGCAGCAAUAAUUUUUGGUUCCCUUCCCACUUGUCUGAUGUGCUACUAUAUUCGUAAAAAAAAAGAAAGAGAAUUUCAUCUCCAGUAUCAGAACGCUUAUUACCAAGCUCUGAGUAAUAGGCCUACUCCUGCAGUUUACAAUGAACUUAACAAAGUGAAUGAUAACGCUUAUAGUACCACGAAGAACGACGCAAACGCAACAUCUGCUGCAGUAGAUGAAACGCGCACUAAGGUUGAUCCCAUUUACGAAAAUGUCAAGGCAUGA